AUGACAAUCGCUUUUUUCUGCAAUCCGUUAUGUUUGCAGGCUGUUCGACGAGCUUUUUCACGCUAUGAAUUUGUACGGCAAUGGAGAUUCAUUGAUGGAUCCAACAUUGUCGAAAAUAAAGAACACGCGAUCAACCUCUUGCAAAAUCUCUGGGAUUUGCAACAUGGUGUCAAAUAUUUAGAAGACGAAAUGGUUGAACGUCAUUGUAUGGAUGCUAUUCGAUUGUUAGUAUUACUUUGGAUUGUGCAUUGCUUCGAGAAAACAGAAGCAGGACAAUGGCAGCAUUGUCCAACUUUUUAUUCUGAACUUUUCGGCAACAGAAAUCCACGGCAAAUUAUCCAAAGCUUGUACAAAUCACAAUUAAGCAAUAUUGAAAUGAUGCUUCUUACGGAUACGUUGAGGAUACGAGUGGAAUUGUUAGAUUAUAGCUAUGGUGAUGUGAAUGCCGAUGAAUCUAAGCUAUCACAAAGUUUGAUUCCACAAGAUACGGAUAAAGAAAUCACCUCCAGGCCUAUUCUCACAUUUCUAAAAUUCAACCGUCAUAAUUUCUUGUAUCCAUUGUAUCAUACAGUUUGA